UGGAUAGUAUGUCUAGAGGACGAUUUGAACAACAUUAUGGCCAGAGAUCAAUAGCCGGAGCAAAGGAUCAUGUAUUCUUAACCGAUGGUCGAGUGAAUGGUACCACGAACUAUAUCGCACAAAAGCUCGAGGUUUUGACAUUAUGUCGUUAA